AUGUCAGAACAGAGGAAAACAUUGCAAGAGAGCCCCGCGACAAACCUGGCGACGGACCAUCAUCACCACCGCGUGGUGCCUUCCCUCGUGGUGAACAUCGGGCCCCAGAGGGGUAUCAAGAUUUCGCCCAUCAAGGCAGAUGACAUGUCGGAGCUGCCCCAGAAGAAGCGGCGGCUGAGUCUCUGUGUGGGCUGUGGGGCCCAAAUUCACGACCAGUACAUCUUGAGAGUGGCCCCGGACCUGGAGUGGCACGCCGCCUGCCUCAAGUGUGCGGAGUGUCACCAAUUCCUGGACGAGACCUGCACGUGCUUCGUGAGAGACGGAAAGACGUAUUGCAAGAGAGACUACGUAAGGCUAUUCGGGACGAAGUGCGACAAAUGUGGCCUCAGCUUCAGCAGAAACGACUUCGUAAUGCGGGCGAAGACGAAAAUCUACCACAUCGAGUGUUUCCGGUGCAGCGCCUGCGAGCGGCAGCUGAUUCCGGGCGACGAAUUUGCCCUGAGGGAAGACGGCCUCUUCUGCAAGGAAGACCACGAAGUCCUGGAGAAGGCGACCAACAGCGAGAACAACAACAACACGACCAACGUUAACAACAACAACAAUAAUAAUAACAACAACAACAACAACAAUGAGGGAUCCAACUCAGAUUCCUCCGAGUCGGGUUCUAAUAAAGGCCGGGAUGUUAGUCGAGGCGGCGGGUCCACGAAGGUAUCGUCAGACGGGAAGCCGACGCGGGUCCGGACUGUCCUCAACGAGAAGCAACUCCACACUCUACGCACGUGCUACAACGCGAAUCCCCGGCCCGACGCCCUCAUGAAGGAACAGCUGGUGGAGAUGACGGGUUUGAGCCCGCGAGUCAUCAGGGUCUGGUUCCAGAACAAGCGGUGUAAGGACAAGAAGAAGGCGAUUCUCAUGAAACAGCAGCUUCAGCAGGAGAAGGACGGGAGGAAAUUAGGAUACGGGAGCAUGCAGGGAAUUCCCAUGGUGGCGUCGAGUCCAGUGCGUCACGAGAGCCCACAGGGCUUAAACCCAGUCGAAGUGCUGUCGUACCAAGCUCCCUGGAAAGCCCUCACCGAUUUCGCAUUGCACACAGACCUGGACCGCCUUGAUCCGUCAGCCCCUCCAUUUCAGCAUCUGGUAAGUCAGAUGCACGGGUAUGACUUGCACGGGGCGCCGCCCCCCUCACACGACCUCGGUCCCCCGCCAAGCGACAUGGCGCACCCAGACUCGACGGAUUCAUACGUCACCUACCUGGAGAGUGAUGAUAGUUUGCAUCACGACACGUCCAGCCCAUAACGCGGGCUCCAACGUCUACUGUCGCUGUCCAGGUUCUGCCCUGUGCUUCCUAUAGGAGAAAGCACUUUACUCCAGCCGACAGCAUCAGC